GGUUUUGUCUUGUAAAAUCAGAGACAGUUUGGCUGUUAGCAGGUCUGUAUAAGUAGUGGGACUUCUGUGGGUAGUUCAGUCAGUUUGGGAGCAGCUACCCUACAGUUCUUGACCAGAAUACAGCACAAUGGCCAUCUUCCUGACUGAGGACAUGAGGAAACUGCUCCACAACAAGUUUGUGGUAGUCAUCGGUGAUUCCAUCCAGCGUGGCAUCUACAAAGACUUGGUGGUUCUACUACAGGGGAACCGCUAUCUACAGGAGGGACAGCUCAAGGCUAAGGGGGAGCUUCACUUUGAGGGAGAUGUGUUGGUGGAGGGAGGACGGCUUGGGGAGAUGACCAACAAGCUGAACUACAGGGAGGUGCGACAGUACCGGACAGACCACCAUCUUGUCAGGUUCUACUUCAGCACCCGUGCCUACAGUGAGUACAUGGAGACCAUCCUGGCAGACCUGGGCGAUGAACCCCAGCCUGAUCUCAUCAUCAUGAACUCAUGUCUCUGGGACAUCACAAGGUAUGGUCCCAGCUCCGUGCCGAUGUACAAGAAGAACCUGAAGAAGCUGUUCGGCAGGUUCAAGGAGGUCCUGCCUGAGCAGACGCUCGUGAUCUGGAACACGACCCUCCCCGUGGCCAACAGCGUGCGCGGCGGCUUCCUCAUCCCCGAGGUGGAGUUCAAGAACGAGACGCUGCGACUGGACAUCCUGGAGGCCAACUACUACGCGCGGGACGUGGUGGUGUCCCACGGGUAUGACGUCCUGGACAUGCACUACAACUUCCGCUACCAGCUGCAGCGGCGCGUGAAGGACGGUGUGCACUGGAAUCAGGAGGCGCACCGCCGCAUGACCAACCUGCUGCUGUCCCACGUCACGGAGGCCUGGGGGUACAAGCUGCCGCGCCACGUCCUCCCCGCACUCCCGGACAUCCAGAACACGGUCCAGACGCCGCGCCAGUACCAGUCCAACCCCGACAUCCGCAGCUUCAGCGACCCGCCGCGCCCCGUCCGCUACGUCAACACCAGCUGGCAACACCACCACCACAACCAGCACGCCUCUCCUGUCGGACUGAACCUCCCCGCAGGACUCACGCCUGAGGAGAGGUACGGAGGGCCGAUCGGGAAGCCCGUCCUGGCCGAGCCUCUGGACAACCGCAUGCAGUACAACUUCCAGAUCAGCUUCCAGCCCAACAUGUUCAGCGGCGUGGACUUCACCGGCGGGAACUACCUGGCACAGAACUACAUCGUACCGAAUGUCCAGCACGUCCAGCAUGCGUGGGAUGCCGGGAGGAACCAGCUGGUGCAGCGGGCGUGGCAGACGGAGCGCUACACGCCGUACAACCCUCACCAGCGCGUGGCUAACCACAGGAAUAUUAUCAACGUCGGAAGUGGAAGGUACCACGCUAGAGGUAGAAACUACAGGAGGUAGAUUGCCUCAAAACUUUCCGAUGUAAAGAACUGUCGUGUCAUAGCAACUUUGCUUCCAUUUGAAUUAUAUGUCUACAUUGUAAAGAGAGAAUUACUGUAUUACUCAGGUUGUAUGAACUCACAGCAGUGGAGGUUUAGAAGAUUACAUUGUGUAAGUUUAAAUAGAAUCCGUUGCACCUAAAAGAGGAUACCAAGAUAUUUUUGUUACCACUCAGUAUUGGAGGACGGUCAGUCCUUUGAGUAUGGCAAGUCAGUAUUAUGUACUGGUGAGUGUAAGACUCAACUAAGGGAUAGUCAGUGUCUCAGUGACUACUUUUAUGGUUAAUGUAGUCAUACUUAUAGAAACAAUAGGACAGUAGCCCAACUUACUCAGUUAGGAUGCAGCUGGACCUGUCAGUAAUUGGUAGUCAAACUAGUAUUUUGACACUGCCAUAAAUGUACAGAGAUGUUUAUUUAAGAAAGUAGUGUAUGGUAGUAUAAUGGUACAGAGACCAAGAGUUGGUGCCAAACAAGAAAUGGGCUGAAUUGGCAGCUAAGACUGGACCAGUGCAUGUAUCUUGGUGCAGUUCUGACAGCAGUACCAUUAAUGUACAGAGAUUGUUUAUUUUUGUUCAAAGAAAGUUUGUUUAUAUACACACUGCUUAUAUUAAGCUGUGGUAAUACUUAGUGGUAAGUCAUAAUAUAUACUUAAUGAUUAGUCAGAUUUGUUGUGACUCACUGUGCAGUAUACUAUAGAUACAAUGCAAUAUCAUUUCCACACGAUACCGAAUACUGUUGACUUUGUUUACUAAUACUAAUACAGUGGUCACUGGAGCAACUUUGACUGUAUUUAGUUUGUUUUCAUGAUUAUUAACCAAUCAUUCUUGAAUACUUAUGUAUUCUGUUGUUAUGGAGUUCUUUCCACAAGUUGCAAUAAUAAAUGUUAUGUUUGUUACAGA